AUACCAGAGACAAAGAUCCUAAGUGGGUCAACGACUGGCUGGGGAGAGUGUGGGGGUUGAGAGGCCAGGGCAAUACAUUUGGGGGGAAAUUACGUAUGGGAAUCAAGAAAGAAGUGGCAAUAGCCGGCUUCCAGUGCGCUCUGGAUCUCGGACACUCUGAGGUUCUUGGUGGCCUUACGGCCAGGUCGGCCACUUGUAGGAGACAGUUCCAGGUCCGGAGCCGAAUGGGAAGAGUCUGAGGCCCUACAAUAGGCCCGCUUAGUGUUUAGAGUAUAUGGAGGGCUAGUGGCUAAUUCCGAAAUAAGAGUGGGGAGCACCCAAGGCGGGCCGGGGUGCGCACCAUAAACACCCCACUUGUUAACUGCGCGGGGGCCCAAGGGCCCUUCAAACAGACCCCGCAGGAGGGCUCACGUCCGAGCGUGGGCGGGGCUAGCCCAGGAACCAGGCCCCCCACUAGCCACGUUGGGGCAGCCCCCACAGCUCCUGGCCUUUGGGCUGAGGUAUUGGGUGUGCUUCUCCUGGCCCAUCAAUACAGAUUACAUAUUUAUAUCAAUCGUGGGCUCAGAGGGCGCCCUCGGAGAGCGGCCCCGCGCCUACGAAACCAAACUGGGAGUGGUCGCGCGGAAACUCUGGCUCAGGAUUGGCUGCGGGCGCCCGCCGCGGUGCGGGGGGAUUGCUAAUCGUAUUCAGCAUGUUUUGCACAAGAAAUGUCAGCCAGAAAGGGCUAUCUGCUCCCUUCGCCAAAUUAUCCCACAACAAUGUCAUGCUCGGAGAGCCCCGCCGCGAACUCUUUUUUGGUCGACUCGCUCAUCAGCUCCGGCAGAGGCGAGGCUGGCGGCGGUGGCAGCGGCGCCGGGGGCGGCGGUGGCGGCGGCUACUACGCCCACGGCGGGGUCUACCUGCCACCGGCGGCCGACCUGCCCUACGGGCUGCAGAGCUGCGGGCUCUUCCCGGCUCUGGGAGGCAAGCGCAAUGAGGCGGCGUCGCCGGGCGGCGGCGGCGGCAGCGGGGGCCUGGGUCCUGGGGCGCACAGCUACGCGCCCGCGCCUAUAGACCUGUGGCUAGACGCGCCCCGGUCGUGCCGGAUGGAGCAGCCCGAGGGGCCGCCGCCGCCGCCACCGCCCCAGCAACAGCCACCGCCCCCGCCGCAACCACCCCAACCCCCGCCGCAGGCCACCUCGUGCUCUUUCGCGCAGAACAUCAAAGAGGAGAGCUCCUACUGCCUCUACGACUCGGCGGACAAAUGCCCCAAAGGCUCCACCGCCGCAGCCGAGCUGGCUCCCUUCCCGCGAGGCCCGCCGCCCGACGGCUGCGCCCUGAGCACCUCCAGCGGGGUGCCAGUGCCCGGCUACUUCCGCCUCUCCCAGGCCUAUGGCACGGCCAAGGGUUACGGCAGCAGCGGCGGCGCACAGCAGCUCGGCGCCGGCCCGUUCCCCGCUCAGCCCCCCGGGCGCGGCUUCGACCCGCCACCCGCACUCGCCUCCGGCUCAGCGGAUGCAGCCCGGAAAGAGCGAGCCCUCGAUUCACCGCCGCCCCCCACGCUGACUUGCGGUGGCGGCGGCGGGGGCUCGCAGGGCGACGAGGAGGCGCACGCGUCGUCCUCGGCCGCGGAGGAGCUCUCCCCAGCCCCUUCCGAAAGCAGCAAAGCCUCGCCCGAGAAGGACUCCCUGGGCAAUUCCAAAGGCGAAAACGCAGCCAACUGGCUCACAGCAAAGAGCGGCAGGAAGAAGCGCUGCCCUUACACCAAGCACCAGACGCUGGAGCUGGAGAAGGAGUUUCUGUUCAACAUGUACCUUACUCGAGAGCGGCGCCUAGAGAUCAGCCGCAGCGUCCACCUCACGGACAGACAAGUUAAAAUCUGGUUUCAGAACCGCAGGAUGAAACUGAAGAAAAUGAACCGAGAAAACCGGAUCCGGGAGCUCACAGCCAAUUUUAAUUUUUCCUGAUGAAGCUCCAGGCAACGCCGUUUUUUUUUCCCCGCUGCCAGAGAGCCGUUCUCCUCCCUCUGUCUUCGGCCUCUGCCCAGGAACUCGCACCUGUGCCGGAGCCCCAUUCCUCCCUCCCACACUCGCCAUCUCGCUGGCCGUUACAUCUGUGCAGGGCUGGUUUGUUCUGACUU